AGCAGGAACAAGAAACUCUUCCUCGCAAGCCUAGUAUUCAUUCCCACCGCCAGCUACAUCUGGCUCAAACGCCUCGAAGCCAAAUCCAAACAAGAGACAAGGCUACUCGAGGACGAAGGCCGUCGGAAUUGGAUCCAGUCUGAAAAGCAACGUCUCUCGGCGAAAGAUUUGAGCGUCGCGGUCGGGAGAAGCGGCGGGGGAAUUUGA